AUGCCACGCAAGCGUGCUGCUCCCACCGACAAUGGUACACAUGCCAAAAAAGCCAAGACAACCACCCAAACCAGCCCCGACAAGGAGACGACACCAACCGCGCCUAGUGCGGCAGCGGCAGCGGCAAAAGUCCCCCAGAGGUGGUCGCCCGUUUCCGUCUCGGCCAACAUUGCUAAAGGGCACGAGGAGCGGUUCGCACAGCCCAACGAGGAGUUCGUGUUCGAAUGCUAUUGUCCGCCUCGGUUUGAACGCGCAUUGGAUGAAUGGGAGGACGAAGAAGACGAUGAGGAUGAGGAUGAGAAUGAGGAUGAGAAUGACGAGAACAAGAACGCAGAUCAGCCCAAGUGCGAUGCCGCAAAGACCUGCCUCUGCCACAAGAAGGCUACGGACCAUCCGGAUCACCCGUGGGUGCUCAGCGUGGCUGGCGAGCAGAUGUACUUGUCCCAGUUUAUCAUGGCCCAUUUGCGACCCAGACAACUUCAGCAUGUACACAGUGUGCACCUGCACUCGAUGGUAUAA